AUGCGGCUGCGGCGUUCGUUAGCGUCAAUCAGCCUCCUCCCGAAAAUUAAUGACCUAAUCGUUGAUUUUAUCCACUCUUCUUCUUUCCUUUGUUUCGUCUACCGCCAGUCUGGCCAUCACGCCCCUCGGUUUGAUCCCUUCCUCAAUGAUCUCUCCAUCCGUAACCUUUUGCCUCGGCAUAAUAUUAGCCAGAACGUCGGACAGACCGAGAGCUGGGGACGCGGUGGCUGGGCGAAAAUUGGGAUUAGCGGUUGGGAAAUUUUAGGCUUUCGAUUAGACAUGAGCACGAAUCGAAUAGAAAUUGUUACGCGGAAUAGAGUUAUAUAUCGUUAUACCAGUCUUUUCAUAUCUAUCUAUCUAUCUAUCUAUCUAUCUAUCUAUCUAUCUAUCUAUCUAUCUAUCUAUCUAUAUUCACAUGUCAACUCUGGCAUAUUAAAAUAUUCUGUUAAUAUUUAUUUAUAUCUUCUUUCAUUUAUUUCUCUAUCUAUCUAUCUAUCUAUCUAUCUAUCUAUUUUUAUCACGCAAAUCAGUGUUUUACAAAAAGAAACUUGCAUAAGCCCUCCAAACUUAAUUAUUUUUACCUAUAUUAAAUAUGAUAAAUACCCGAUGUGA